CGAGUGCAGCGGCGCGUGGGGAGGCGCGUGGGGUCCGCGUGGGAGCUGCAGCCGAAGCGAGUAGGGACCAGAGAGCGCGGCGCCGCCGCCCCGGCUCCGCCAGCCUCCACGAGCUCAGCGUCUGUCCCGGUCGCCCGCUCGCACGGGCGCGGCUGGAUGAGGCGGGGGCCCUGCGGCGGCGGCCCCCGGCCCCCAGCGCCCAGAGCGCCCAGGGGCGGCGUGCGGGGCCCGGGGGCACCGCGCCGUCCAUGCGCCGAGGCGGGCCCGGAGACAGCCGGGGGCCUGCGCUGAGCCCCGGCCCGACCAGCUGCCCGCGUCCGGCAGCAUGAGCCAGACCGAGCUGUCCACCUGCUCGGCGCCGCAGACGCAGCGUAUCUUCCAGGAGGCUGUGCGUAAGGGCAACACGCAAGAGCUGCAGUCACUGCUGCAGAACAUGACCAACUGUGAGUUCAACGUGAACUCAUUCGGGCCCGAGGGCCAGACGGCGCUGCACCAAUCCGUCAUCGACGGCAAUCUGGAGCUCGUGAAGCUGCUGGUUAAGUUCGGCGCCGACAUCCGCCUGGCCAACCGCGACGGCUGGAGCGCGCUGCACAUCGCCGCUUUCGGCGGCCACCAGGACAUCGUACUCUAUCUCAUCACCAAGGCCAAGUACGCGGGCAGCGGCCGGUGAUGCCCGCCCGGACCCGAUCCCCGACCCGGCCGCGGGACCCGCGCGUGUCGCCUCUGCUGUACCUUCCCGCCAACUACCUCGGUGUGCGCCCGGCCCUCGGCGCCGCGGCCACGAAGAGUACGGCGCGCGUCCGUGCACACCGGGCCCGCACGGCGCCCGCUGUCCCAGGUCGACGCCCCCCCGCGGCCGCCCGGAGCUGGGCCGGAGCGCUUCCCACGGCCCCCGCCCUCCGCCUCGCGGGUGGGGGCGGGGCGCGGGCUCCAGCCCCUUUGAAAUUUGAGUCUCGUUACCAGCAAGUUCGGAAUCCCGAGACACCGGAUCCUCCGCUCAAAAUGUUUUCUCCGGAGGUGGAAGGCGGGUGACGGGGACGCCGGGCUCAGGGCGCCCCCCGCCCGCGGGACCCGCGGCCGACGCGCCCGGAGGAGACGCUGGGCUGUCGCUGAGGCUCUAAACUAUUUAUCGUGUGUGUCUACUUGUGGGUGAAGUUUGUGCGCCUGAUGUUUUUGUUUGGAAAAUACUGUGCGUGGUAAAUGUGGUUAUGGGGGGGGGGGCAUUUUUUUCCCUAGUCUUACAACUAAAAACUUGAGUCUGUCGUUUCUCGGUUGCACUGAAAACGCCGCCCAGCCCGAAAGCUUCCCCGCGCCACUUCCUCUCGCCCCUGUUUCUCUUCCGCACCUCGCCCCACUUCUUUCGGUCUCCCUCCCCACCUCUGCUGUUCCCUCUCGCACUCACACUCGCGCGCGCACACAACUUCGUGUGCGUUCUGGCAGCCCCAGGCCUUCUCCCUUUCUGCGACCGGCCAUUGUCCCCAAACCUGCUGGUUUGGCAAAGUUUGCGCGGGAGCCCGGGUGCUCGGGUAAGGCGGUGAUGGAGGGGGUGGUGGGGGCCAUACCUGGUCUAGCGAGUUCUAUUAUAGUUAACAGUCGGUUGCACACUUUUUUAAAAAAGUAAAUGGAUUUGCCACGAUUAAAUGUCAUAACAUUUAUGACAGUAUAAAAUAUUAACAUAUUUUAAGCCAAGUCUUAGGUGUAUUUGUUGAAUCUUGGUUAUAAAGCCAGUUUUAAAGGGCGUUGUAUCCAGCGUUGUGUAUACGACAGUGUUCCCAUAUUUAUAUUUUUAUAAAAAUCCUAUAAGACUGUGAAUCUUUUGUGCUAGUUGCUGAGUGAGUUGAAGGACCGUUUGCCCCUCUUCAGCCUCCCGGAGUUUCGAGAACCCGAUUGGAAUCCCAAAAUCCUGCUGUGGGGGAGGGGCCGCCAGGGGCUGCUGGGGGACCUGGCCGGAGGCGGUGCUUCUGCGUCACUUUCGUCGGAAAGGCACCCUUCCUGGUCUCCGAGGUUCCAAUUUUCUAUGCAACCCCACACCCCUUGUUUUGAUCCUGAGAAAUAAAAGGGAGACUGAAUUAUUCAAAUUUAAAUGAGGCUUCCUGGGUAGAAGUGCUGCUGACCCUUCGUGCAAAAAUGGGGAGCACUUGAGGACACAGGUGGGUGGAGGCCCUUUGUACGUGGCUGGUCAGAUUCGGGCAGUCAUCUUUGGCUUUAUAUAAAACCCUGUGUGAGAGGAAUAUAUUGAUAAUGUCAGUGAAACAAGCAGACAUUGAAACUGAGGCACAGAUUACUCCAAAAGGAGUUUUUCUGUAUAUUUUUUCUAGAUGCAAAUAACUUUUUAAUUAUGUUAAUUAAUGUUCAGACUUUCUAGGCUUAUGGAAGCUAUGUAUGGGGCCCGGUCUGACCACUUCUAACUGGAUGGCAUCUGCAGCCCAUUCCUGAGCGUACGAUAUACUUGUAGCCCAGCGUGAAAAAUUUAUAAAUAAAUUUUUCAUUGAUCUUUUUAUAU